UCCAAAUAAGAGCUAAAAUAAAUCAGAACAUUCUUGUUGAUUGGUACAAAUUAUUCUGCAUUUGCAUAUGAUGAAUGAUAAAAAGACAAACAUUUGUUGUUUUGGUGCAGAGUUGCUCUGCUUUCUGGGAAUCGCUUGCCUUGCAAACCAGCUGAGCUGAAAAUACGUGUUAGCAGAAAAUGAGAGAGCACCAAUCACUCCCUCUGGCUGCAUCUUAGAUUUUACCUCAGCUUUCUCUGCUUUCGCUCAGCCCAAACCCAAUUUUCAACCAGUAUAAAAAACGCUUUUAUAUAUUACAUAGUUAAUUCAGACAUUUAAUACAGGUUCUUGUGUGAAAGAAAGCGCUUACUUGGACUUAAACUCAAGAAAAAAAAUCUUCAUUUGUUUCUGCUGAAACCCUCAGAUAGUAAAGUGAAGUGUUUCCUGAUUAUAUUAGUCAAACACAAAUGAAGUUAUUAAACGAAGGCAUUUAUUAUUAAGAGAGAGAAAAACCCAAACCUACAAUAUUUAAAUUGGUUUGAUGUUCUGAAACACUGAAGUGUGAAAAACAUCCAAGAAAAAAACAGAAACCCAAGACGGGGAGAAAACACUUUUUCACACCACUGUAUCUAUUAAUAGCACUUUUUCUUUUUUUACUCUAUAGCAAACAUGUGGCUUUCCCAUUUAACAGUAUCACACAUAAGUUUAUCAGUAGCUUUGGGUGUGGGUGUCAAUUCUACAAAAAGAUUUCUAUUUCUAAAGAAAUGUUGGUCGGUUAAGCCCUUCUGUCUCCUGUUUUUCCAAAAUUAAACGCUACGUUGCUUAGGAACUAAUGCAACACCUCUUGGUGUUAUGAGAGCAAAUGGAUGUGUGAUGGCACAAGUGGUGCAAUAUUUUUAAAGCACACUGUUGUCACAUGGUGCUGUGGAAGGACAAAGGUGUUUCUCCAUGUGUUAAAGUAGUUCUCCAGACAUUUAAGGGCAGUUCAGUGGUGCUAAGCAGCUGAUUUCUUCUGUUUUUGUCAAAUAUUUCCAUUCCUUGAACAAAUUGUAAUCUAAAAAUUUAUCAGCUAAAGAUAACUAAAGUGAAUACGGUAUGAUGUGUUGUGAUCAGUUUCUUGGUUUACGCGACAUAUACUUUUUUACUUGGAACUUGCUGAUUUGGAAAGUUUUUAUUUUUCCAUAAAAUCAGUUAAAAACUGCUUUUUGCAUAAACAGAGGUAAUCUUUGUCUGAAGCAGAUAAAAAUAAAUAAAUAAAUAAUAUAACUUUCUGGACUUAUGACCACCUUGUGUGUGUAAUCUGAAGAUUUCCAAGAAUAUGCCAUUUGAUUUAUACAGAUCUGAAACUAUAGAUAUUUGCAGCUGAAUUAUGUUGUUUCAUCCCAACGCAAUAGACACGCAGACUGAUAUCUGUGUGGUGCCUUGUCAUUCACAAGCAGAGUCACCUAGAGUACACAUGGACAGCAGUACAUGGAGUAAAUUCGCCUCCUGCGUUGGCUGAUGUCAUGCCACUCCAUUAAAGCCGAACUACAAGGGCAGCGUGUGUCCGUCAGGCUGAAUUACACAAACACAGGACUGAUGGACUGCCUGGGGAGUUCAGUUGGAGCCUUUCAUCUUCCAGUCCAACUGAACAUCAGAUGCACGGAGGAAGCUCCUGAUGCCUGUAAUAGCCAUUAUUCUCUCCCUGACACAAUCUGCGUGGCACAUAUGGGAAACAUGGUUAUAACGGGUUUAUAAAAUCAAUUCCUUCCCAAUUUUCUGACUUUGUCAGUCAAGAAAAUAGAAAAAAUGUACUGACUGUUUAUAUAAGUCACAAAUUAAAAUAUCUGAAGAGAUGGAUUUUAUCUAGGGAUGUCAAAGAUAAAUAAAACUACAAAGGCAUUCUACCUUUUUCAGAUUUCAAUUUAGAAAAGAAAUUGAAGAAAUGUAUUAUCACAGUUUUGUGCUACUGUAAGUUAAGUCUAUGACUUAGAAUCUUAAUAAAAAAGUAAAUUACAAAACGUGUGUGAUAGAAUGUGAAAAAUAGGUGUACAUGGCACUUUAAAAAAAAAUCUUAUAUUUAUAUUGGUGUUGUGAAGUACUUUACAAGAAACACUCAGGGAAUAUCCAGGUGAUGGUUUACAUUUUUCAUUGGUGUCUCAGAAAACAAACAAUGCGAAUGCGAGUGGUAAUUCUUGUAAGGAGAUCCUUCCCUUUCUCCCACCUCCCCCUCUUACACAGUGUCUGGGCACCUCAUGUUGUUGUUUAUUGGACAGAUGGAUUCACUCCAUCCAGUGUUUUCUCAUCCAAAAGACCCGCGAUCCGUAUCCAAGGACCAUCUGGCUGUAUUGUAGAAUGUGAAUGUGGUUCUCAGCAUGACCUUGCUCUUCCACACUGCCUGAUAAAAUAAAUAAACUAAACACAAAGAGACUUUACUGUCAUGAAGGUUCUUAGUUUUUAAUCUAUCUGGAAUAUAAUCCAAAAUACUGCUGCUUUGUAUUAUUUUAGUUGUCGGAUUAUCCCUAUGUUGUUGACUUUCUUUAUAUGAAGUACAACAGUAACUAAUCGGAAAAUACAUUUACAGUCGAUUUACAUAGAUUAUUCAAGUGGAAGCAUUUGAACACUUACCUAGAUAUGACGGUGAUUUUGACUUUCAUUUCCUCCUGAUUUAGUUUUUUUUUUUUUUACAUAAAGUUCGGGAAUGUCAUUUUUUGAGAACUCAUAAAUAAGACCUGGUGCUUUAAAAUUGGGAGUGUACGUGUUUUUCUAAAAUAGUUUGAACAGUGAACAAAACCCCAAAUCGAGUAUGAAUUUCUCUAACUUAGCUACCUCGAACGUUUGACAUAUAGUUAGUGUAACUAUGUCAAACGCUCGAGAUAAACAAUAGUAGCUACAAUUUCCUGAAACCGUAAACUAAACUGAAAGCGUUUCGUUUCCAUAGAAACAGGCUAGUCCCGAAACCAGCACACACCAGGUUUGCUACGAAGGCCUCAUAUAAAUUUAUCAGUACCAUGUAUCUUUAUGCAGAGUGAAUUGUUGUCUCAGGUUUAAACGGAAAGCAUGAUAGUGUUAAAGUCUGAAAAGUCAAAAAUGUUUAUAAUGAGUUUAUUUUCCGCUGGCCGCAGUUUGGCUAACGUUAGCUGCUUUAAUGGAAAACUUAAAGAGACAUCCUCAAGUUAGCAGCUUUUAAUCUACGUGUAAAACGUCUAGCAAUUCAUUUAGAUGAGCGCUUUUAUGUCAUUAGCAAGUGUUUUUUCUUCUUCUUCUGCGAAUAGAGAUAUAUCCAAAAUGUGGACACUUUGGUCUUUAUUAAGAAAUAAUUAACAACAGUAUUUUAGUUUUAUUUCUUAAGAUAUCGACAAAAGUGUUUUGUAAUUGCAAAACCUCUCUUCUCAAUAUGACAAAAUUCGAUUUAUUUGUAUUAUUUAUAUAUAUUUUUCACAUAUAUCAGCUUGUUAAAAUUUACAUUGAAUAUAUGUUUAAAACACCCUCAAUUUGUUCCAUAUCAUUGUAAUUUUCCAGAAACCAUCCAAACCAUUGGAAAACAAAAUAAAAAUGAGAAUUAUAAUUGCCGAAGAUCCAAACUGGUCCCUGGAUUUGGUUCCCAGUUUGUCCAGCCUAUGUCAACGAUGCAUUGCAGACACAAUUGAAGAUCAUCAGCAUUUAUUUGAAAAACUCACACCCCAGCUGAAAGAUUCAAUUCAGCAGAGGUUGUCUCUUUCCCUGCCUCUGCAUGUGACUGCCAACCUGGUCCCUGAUGGUGUGUUCUGGAAGCGGUGCUGCCAGCAGCGGUGGAACAUCUGUGACAUUUCUCAGUAUGGCCACAGCUGGAAACGAAUGUUCUUCGAAAGGCACUUGGAGAACUUGAUCGAACUUUUCGUCCCAGAGGAAACAGAGUUUAAGGUCAUUCUUGAUGUGCUCCCUCUCUGUAAAAAUUAUAUCAAGAGGUUGAACAUCACACAGCUGCUGCUGCCUUCAAGGAAGUUUGUGAAGGGGAGAGAUGAUGAUCAGCAUGAAAUAGCAAUGCUUACUAAUGAGGAGGAAGAUGAUAUGGCAGCUAGUCAUUUUGACUUUGGGACUGUGUUGACUGAGCUGAUACACCUGGAAGAGCUCCAUUUGGCGUAUAAAAUCAAACAAUGUGGGAUGAACUUUGAAUGGUCAAUGUUCCAAAUAACCGACAGGGACUGUAGAGCCCUCACCAUAGCUUUUAAGGCCUGCAAAACUCUAAAGGUUCUGAGGAUUCGUCAAAGUCAAAUUGACGAUAAAAAGUGUCGCCCGCUGCUGAGAUGCCUUAUGGACCAUCCUUCCCUGAUAGAGCUCGACUUAUCCCACAACAUCAUCAGAGAUGCUGGUGCCAGGUCUGUUGCUGAGUUGCUCUCCAAGGGCCAACUGGAGAAACUCAACAUUUGCAACAAUGAAAUCGACAUCCAUGGAGCCAAAGCCUUAGCUCAGGCUCUGUCAAACAAUUCCACUCUACAGUACCUAAACAUGCGUCUGAACCAGGUGAAGGAUGAAGGUGGGGAGGCCAUUGCCGAGGCCUUGCAGAACAACACGACUCUGACAUACCUGCACCUGGGAGGUAAUGAUGUGACCUCCAUAACUGCUGUUGUGCUGUCAAAAGUGCUGCAAAAGAAUGAAACACUGAAGACCCUUAAUCUGUCCUGCAACAACCUUGGAGAGAUCGGAGGUAAAGCUUUGGCAGAGGCGAUGGUUCACAACAGCACUCUAACAGAAUGUGAUAUCCGCCAGACAGACAUUGAUGAGACUAAUGCUGCCUCCAUUAACAAGGCAAUUUGGGACAAUCAGUGUGCAGACUGGGAUAAGGAAGUUCAGCAGAGGAGAAAAAGUCCCAUCUAUCUUUAAUACAAACCUGCAUUUAUCAGAUACAGAGUCUUACUCCAUAUCUGUAUCUUAAACCUUCUUUCAAACACUACUUCAUACACUUUUAACUUUAAUUUUAAGGAUUUACCUACCUUUCUGAAUUUUAGGUUUGUUUGUUAGAUGUUUUUUAAAAUGUAGCAUAUUUGUGGUUAAAAAAUAUUUUUAGCAUAUAAAUUUAUGAACCAAACAAACCAUUCUGCAGGAUUUCUAAUGCUGUAAGUAUGUGUUCACAUUAACAUUGAAAAUGGUGACAAUUUAAGGCAAAGUAACUUGAAAAAGUGAGCCACAGCUUUGAAAAAGAGGCUAUAUCACCACAGCACCAUGAACAUGCAUCGUGCUGUGCAGAAACACGUAACAAAAUCUGAAAAUGUUUGACACUUUGUUAUGAGGCCUAAUAAACAAGAAAAGGUUAUAGUACCUUAGAAAAAACUCACCAUUACAUUUUGACACACAAAUUUCAAUGUAUUGCAACUGGGACAACAAAAAGCUCAUGAUUUUUAAAUGGAAGAAAAGUGAUACAGAAUUUUCAAUAUAUUUUACAAAUAAAAAGCCUGAAAAAUGUGGCAUGCAUUGUCAUUUCUGACGCCCCUCUAUAAAUGUAAUUUAAUCUCAGUAUGGAUGCAGCACUUUUGUGACAAACACACCAGAAAGUCAGGUAUGAGUCCUGCUUGGCAUGUUUCUAGCAGAAUAUUUUAACAAUUCAUACUAAAAUGAACUGUUCAAAACUGCAAAGCUGCAAAAAUAUGGCUAUCUACAAAAAACAGAAAGUCCUGAAAACUAACUCUGCAGAGAAUCCCUGCAGUGAAACAUGGUGGUGGCAGAAUCAUGAUGUGGCGUCUGUCAGACUUGAUGGGAAGGAUAAUAACAAAAGCAUUAUGAAAUAACAUCGAGUCACCCUCUCGUCGUUACAAUACAGAUAAAAACAGAACAGAUUUAGUGAGCAUUUUCAUUUAUUGAAAUUUUUAUCCAGUUUUGAACAGAUAUUUGGUAUUUAGUCCUCAUGUAACAUCAAGGCAGCUUUGUGGUGAUACUGAAAUACACAAAAAUGUUUUCACUCAACAUUUUCAACAGGUAGUAAAUCAAGUAGUGCGAUUCAUGACAGUAAAUAAACAUAAAUUAUUUUAACCUUCC